AUGCGGUUCGAUACUCCUUCUUUGUUAGCAGCGGCCCUAGUCGCAGUCGCGGCUAUCCCAUCGGCCCUUGCAACUCCUUUCCCAGGAUCGAGUUCCAGUCCAUGUUGCAAGCACAACUGUUCCCCAAGCCAGAUCUACUCCGCAUUCAUUACACCAAAAUACCUGGGAAACACCAAAUCAUUUUGCAGACAGUAUCUACGUCUUCCAGUUUCUUCGGUGGUCACAAAAACCAAGACAGUUAACGUUCCUGUGUACUACACUAAAACCAUAGUCAAAGGGAAGACUGCCCGCCCGGUCACUAUCACCCGCACUAAAACGGUUUCUACAACUGUUGUCGGUCAAGAGACAUCCCUGACUACAGAUACCGACGUUUCGACUGUUUCCUCCACCUCAACUAUCCUGGUUAUAUCGACAAGCGAUGUCACCGAGACGGAUUAUGUUAUCGCAACUUCCAACGUCAUCGACACUAUCACCAUCACAACCACAGAAAUUGCCACUACUACGAAUACCGAGAUCUUUACCUCCACUUCUUAUAUCCCUAAUGCUGGCGGUAGCAAGAUGAAGCGUCUCGAUGCCGCCGACGAGAGUGAGAAUGCUAUUUAUAUUUUCAAACGUGGAGGCGUAAAUCAAUACAGCUAUGCCUUCAAGAUCCCGGCUCAUCUUCCUCAAGACCUGAAGCCGCAGCAAAUUUCUUCGGCCUGCAAACGUAUCAAUCCUUGCUCCACCAGAACCACCACUGUCACCAAAACCAAAAAGGUUCCACAUACCAGGACUUCCACAAAGUAUACUACAGUUACUCCUUCCGUCUAUAAAACCAAAACUGUCACUCGAACGAUUCCAAAAACAAACACUGUCCAACAGACUAUCGUCACCACCAUCUUCUACACAACUGUCACAAGCAUUACAGAAACAGCCCAAACCGUCACCGAAACUAUUGCUACUGAGACCCAAACCACAGGCACAAUUACAACUACCGUUGAGACUGAAACCGCCACAGAGACAGCAUCCAAGACUGAGACUGAAACAGCGACUUCAACGGUAGUUGAGAACUUGGUGUGCAACACUGGUAUUGCACUCUGCUCCCUUGACCGUCCUGAUAGCUGUUGCAGUGGACGGUGUGUCCAGUUCUUUAGCUCUCCAAACUGCUGUGUUAAUUCGGGACAGUCUUGCGAUAUCUAUCACCCAGAAGGAUGUUGUAGUGGAACCUGUUACCGCUCGAACCCUGGAGAGACUGUAGCUAUCUUCAAAUGUGCGUAA